AUGCCAGCAGAGACUGUACGGUAUGGUAAUGGCCCCGGAAAUACACUUUAUCCGCACACCCCUCGGCGUUUAUCCCUGUGCACAACCCCGCGCCCGCCGACGGAUUGUUUCAAUGUUUUUGCUCCCCCCUCGAUCUUCGUCUGCCUUCACUCACCUCACCUGAUUUUCCUCUCUCUCUCUCUCUGCGUUAAACCAUCCCCUCCCCCGUCUCUCUCUCCCUCUCCCCUCUUGUUUCUCUUCACUCUUUCUCCUCCUCUUCCUCCUCCCCCUUUCCCGCUCCCACUCGUGCUCCCACUCGCACUCCCACUCGCACUCCAAUCUGCCCCUCUAGGAUCGCCUGUGCUUGCCUCCACCGUCUGUGGCCCCGUCCCUCACGGAGUAUGUAGGCAAGAUUCUGUGACGCUACGCUACGAGCCACGAGAACUCUCGCCAAGCAUUGAUCACAGCUCUCCUGGCCAUUUUGGAUCCCAACCUAGUCCUUGUUGCACCAACACCACCAACACCACCAACAACACCAACGCCAACGCCAACGCCAACCAGCUCGAUUCCACCCAUUCGAUUCCACCACCUCUUUCCCUUGCGAUGGAUUCCCAGCAACAACAUUCGACGCCGUACCAAAGCGAUGAAAGCGGCGCUGGAGUGCAACCCUCCGUAGGCUAUCCCCAAGCUUCCGCCUCCUUCUACCACGUCAACCAGACAGGACAUGCACAUGUGACCUCCCCGCAACACCCUGCACCUGGACGGAACGGCUGCAUUCCUGAGAGACUUCAAUCUGGUUGCAGAGGCAGCAAAGAGGGCACAGAUGGCGGUGAUUGCGCGAGACUUGGAGAGUGUUUCUCUCUGAAAAGUCGAAACACGCAGGUGGGCGGCCGGAUCAACUAUAGUCCGAGCACCCGGGCGGUUGGGGCGUCAUUUGAAUUUCUGGACAUGAACUCAAAUACAGAUACCGAUACUGAUGCCGAUGCCGAUGCUGAAUUUGGCGACAUCUUCCAGGAACCGGAGGGCUUCCUCCCACCCCCCAAAGAGGCAACCUUCGUAGAAUACCCCAUGCGCUCCGGUCAAACGAUCAAACUGCGGCUCGUAGGAUCCCAUCCACUCUGGGGCUUCCUCCUCUGGAAUGCAGGAAAAACAAGCGCAGAUUACCUCGAGAGCAAAGCGCGUGACUGGGUCGAAGGGAAAGAUAUCCUAGAAUUAGGCGCUGGCGCCGGCCUGCCCAGCCUUGUCUGCGCGAUCCUUGGUGCCCGCACUGUCGUCGUGACGGAUUACCCUGAUUGCGAACUUGUCGAUAACAUGCGCAUAAAUGCGAAGGCCUGCGAGUCGCUGUUGUCGCUGGGAGAAGGAAAGGCAUCCCCGUUGCAUGUUGAAGGGUUUAAAUGGGGUGCGGAUCCGGAGACGGUUUUGCGACAUCUCCCUGCAGACUCGGAUUCUGGUCCCCGUGCCGCUGGUCGCGGGUUUGAUCUAUUGAUUCUUGCAGAUGUGAUAUACAAUCACCCGCAGCAUAGGGAGUUGAUCGAGAGCGUAAAGCAGAUGUUGAAGAGGGCGCGGGAUGCGGUGGCUUUUGUCGUGUUCACUCCGUAUCAGCCGUGGUUGUUGGAGAAGAUUGUUGCUUUCUUCCCCCGCGCAGAGGAGAAUGGCUUUGUGGUGACGAAGGCGUUUGAGGAACUGACGGAGAAGGCUAUGUUUGAGGAUGAUCCUGGGGAUGAGAAACUCCGGCGCACGGUGUUUGGAUAUGAGUUGAGAUGGAAGGAGGAAGAGCUGGUCAAUCAAUCAACGAUACCGCACACUUAA